AGUCUCUGUGCUCCAACAGCUACAGACGGUUGAGCAGCCCUGACUUAAAGGUAGGGAAAGUAGUCAUGGUCGCACCCCAGCCCUAAUGAGGACUUCCUCCACUUCUGAGUCACCUUGUCCACGUCCAAAUCUGCCUUUGAACCCCUGGGCUCAAGGCAGGCACAGCACAGAGGAGAGAACCGCGCUGCGCCAGUCCGGAAGGAGUCGUCCCAUCAGGCGGAACCAUAGAACGCGAGGGGGCGGGCUCUACCAGAGUCCCCGCACCUUGUUAUUGGUUCUAAACCCGUAGUUGUAUAAUCUGCGCAGAAAUUCGUGCGUAUUGUUCGUAAAUGCAGAGAAUGCGAUAAUGGAGGUGGAUCUUAACCCAGCGGGGCGUUGAGAGCUCGAUGCCCCACGUUGCAGCGCAUAUCAAGCAAGGCGAGGCAUUUCGACUGAAUGACUGAACCUUUCCUGAGCUCACAGUCCAUCAAAGGGAAAUAUUUGCAUUUUGCCCCACGAAGAUCGAAGACGUCGCCAGAGAGGACAACUGCUUCUUCGUCUUCUCAAACAAAGCCGACUAGUAAAGCAUGCGAAUGGGAUCUGACAAGUGAUUGCUGCUUCAAGACGAAACGUAGCGGAUAAUCUUCAGAGGAGAACCGCCUGUGAACCACGUCAGAGUGACAUAAAGCCACAAUCUGGUGACCGAGAGUAACAUCCUCAAGACUUGGACACUAUCUGGCAUUUUACCACCAGGUUUGCCAGCGGAUGUAACGGGGAUUAUCCAGAACACUGUUUACAUGUCCAAAGAAAGAAGGGUUGACGGCACGAAGCCGUAGUGUCCCGGAGAGCAUGGCUCAUGGAUGGGAUUCAUACUUGCCCAGUCUUCAGCCUCGAUCAUCAAAUCCUGGGACUGUAAGGAGGACAGGACAAGAGUCAGAAGGAGCCUUUUCUCAGCCUUCGGAAAAAUACAUAGGACAUCACAAUUUCUCAAGUACAGUUCCUGCUCAAGAAACUCCAGCUCAAAACUCAAACCUAAACACAAACUAUUACCAUCAUAGCAGUAAUGAUGAUGCUAACAUGGACUGUGUAUAUCAGAGGUACUGUGAAGAAAGUCAGUGGCUAGCUGGCGAAGAAAAAAUGGAAAAAACCUAUAUGCAAAGAUGUGGAAAUAGCAGUUUCCCAGAUUUCGCUGGAGAUGGAUUACUAACAUCGAUAACGUCUUCAUCUUUUGAGCCAGAUGUUCAAGGACUUAAACAAGACUGUAAAAUUAUUGCUGCUUCACGUCUGGGAAACUAUUCAAAUGUCAACAGCAGUUCCGAUCUGGAUCCUAGUGAAACAAGACCUUCCUGCAAAUUCAUGCCAGGUAACAGGUUUUUAAAACCGAAACCUCACGACCAUUUAAAAUUUAGCUCAUCAGAUUGUCGUUUCUCUGGCAGUAGCAGUAUGAUUUAUCAGAAUGAUAGCCUUUGCACUGGUUUGUCAGGGGCAGAAAAAAGUUUCUCAUUGAACAUGACUCCAGGAGAAAACUUAAUUGCAUGUGAGCAAAAUGACAUAAAGUUUAAUAAAAUGGUUAAAGACAAUGCAGGAUGCUAUCAGUUUAAACCUGAUGCUGAACAUAAUGAUGAUCAAAACAACGAAGAAGCAAAAAGAGACUCAAAAGAAGAUACAAACUCAAACUUUUCAAUGGCUCAAAACUUUCCUGGAGAUGGAAUUAGUCAUUGCCCAGCCACCAUUGAAAGCAAGGAAUUUGCCUCAGCCCCUUUGGCUGCAUUAGAUCAUGGGCUAGAUCACAUUGAUCAAACGAUCUUAAAUGAGGUGACUGAUGGAAGCGGGAGAUUUGGAAAACAAAAUUCCUCUAGUAGUCAAGACAGAAAUGUGGCUAAAGAGAUCGAAGACAAAAGCCAGGUCCCGGAAAGACAAAAGAAAGAAUCAAGUUUGAGUGAAACUGAGAUUCCUGAGGAGAAAAAAAUGCCCACUACCAAUUGCACCGAUUGUAGUUUUGAAAAAAAGGAUGCCAAUGAUGACACAAAGGAAAUCAAAAAAGAUACCUCUGAAUUUGUAAGCUCUCCUCCUAUCAAACAAAUGAGCUGUAAAGAUACCCUUCAUGAGCUGACAGUCUUACCCUUAAAUUGUAAAAAAAACAAUUUUGAAUCCAGUCUACAAUUAUCUGAUCACCAAUCUAGUGAAAGUGUAUCACACAAUAACAGGCAUUCAUCCUCUUCUGAUAACUUGGGAGAUCAUUUUGCUGAAAACCUUUUAGGAACAUGUUUGGAACUAAAGAAACAAAACACAGAUAUACAUUUUCAUCAUGACAGCAGGAGAAAGAUUGCUAAAGAAACAGAAAAGAAAGAUUUGACUCCAGAUAUGCACUGUAGUGUCCCGGGUGUGGAAAGUUCCUCUUGUGAUAAGGACAUGCGAUGUGUGGACACUCAUGUAAGGUCUGGCUUACAGUCGCACGUUUCAGAUACACAUUCAAAUGACCAGCUACACAAAGAGCUAUCAGCAAAGCUUACUCCAGGUCCAGGUAGCAGCAGUCACAGUGUCACUGUUGACCUACCCUCUAGAGGUAAAGGCUCUGAAGAUAGUGAAGACUCAGCAGUUUCCAAAGACUCCUCCACACAGUCUAAUCAUUCAAGUCCAGAAAUAUCGAUAAGUUCAGCAGAGACUGUAGAAAAACAGCGCUCAAACACCUCACCAGAUGGAGCUUAUAGUAGAACUACUGCCCUUGGUGACAUCCCAUCUGGUAGUAGUGCUGAGAACAGUAACAGUGUUCAGCAUUGUCAAGACUCCUGCUUACAACUAAACAGCUCCAAAAUGAAUGCGCACCUGUGUCUCGAAAAGAAAAUGGGUUCGCCAAAAACGAAUGACCCAGAUUCUUCUUUGAAUACUGUUGGUCCCAGUGACACUUGUGAUAAUCCUUUUCUUGAUCCCAAUGAUCCAGAGCUGUGCUUACCAACAGACACACUACCCACAGAUAUAAAUAUUUGUCAAGAAAAACAAAGUGAAAGUGAUGACAUUUCUAGUGAUGAAUGGAAUACAGACAACCUAAAUCUGAAGUCUAAAUCAAAAUUGUGCUCUCAGCCCAACCCUCCAAACACAGAUGUCCAUUCCCAUUUUGAAAAAGAUCCAACUGCAAGUAACAGUAAAAUGUCUACCACAGUUCUAGAAGAAAUAAGUGUGCAACCUGGAAUGUCUGAAGAGGAAAACGAUCCUGGAAAAAUGAACUCUAUCAUGGUACCACAUUCCUCUAAUGUGGACAUAGGUUCAUUGUCAGAAAGGGAAUGCAGUAGUCCAACAGAGAAAUCAAGUUCAUCCUUGGUUCCUGAUCAGUGCAAGUCAGAGCACAAAGCUCCCUUGGAACAAGAACCACCUAUUCCUCAUGAAGAUAUUUUUGAAAAUGCAAGAGAGUCUUUCAAAGAGUUGGAUUGUUUUACAGUGGACCAGUCAGCACCCUACUUGCUCUAUGGUGAACCUUUGUCGAGAGAGAGCUCUUCAUGUGAUGCUGAUGAAACAAAUGCUGCAUUGGACCAGUGCAGAAACAUCUCAGUGAGCAGGUCUGAAGAGGACAACAUGGAUCCCACCAAGAUACCAACUCUUCAACUGAAGUCUUCCUCACAGAUUAGAAAAAAGCUGCACCCUAUUGUCUUAUUGAAUGUCUCUGAUUCUGUGGAUAAUAGUGAUUCCUCUUACCAGUGUGCAGAUUGUCAACAUACAACCCAAAAUGUUGACCAUUUGAUUGAGCACCACUGUCGUUGCCAUUCUGGGCUCAGCUUUGAAUUUUGCACAUGUUGCAGUGCUUACCUAAUGAAGAAUGAGCAGAGAAGAAAGCAUAUUUGCACAGUGACUGGACAAACCUAUCAAUCUUCUUAUUCCACCCCAGAGAAGAAGAAAAAAAGGACCCUUGGACGCCACAAGUGCAAUCAGUGUAAUGUCGUUUUUUCAAAAUUAUUGGAGUAUGUCAAGCAUAUGCGGGCUCACACUGGCAAAACACCGUACAUGUGCAAUGCCUGUGGCACGUAUUUUGCACAGCCUGGUUGUUUACAGAGGCAUCUGAGCAUACCUGGUAGAUGCAAGCCCCACAAACUGAUACAGACUAAACCAGAUGCUGUUGUCAUCAAAACUGAAACAGAGUCAGAAAUAGAGGUUACACAAAACAUUCCCCAUGAAAGAAUGAAGGAAUGCUACAUCAAACUCAUUGACAUCUCCAAGAGGAAUCUCUGUCAUAUAUGUGGUAAAAACUUUGCCAGUGCAAAGAAAGUCAAAAAACACAUUUAUGCCGUCCACAAGAGGAAAAAGGUGCAGAUCUUAUUAAAAGACACAACCACGAAUGACAUUUGUGAGAAUACUGAAAAAGUGGAUAAUGACACCAGCAAAAAAUACCAAUGCCCACUUUGUCCUCGCGCUUUUAAAUUCAUCUUCAACAGAUCUCGGCAUUUGCGUGAAUGUGCCACAAAUGCAAUUAUAGGUGGCAAGGGUAAAUCUGGAGACAAAUAUGUUUGUCCCUUAUGCAAAAUCCAUUUUUCAUCUACAUCUAACAGAGCCAAACAUCUUAAGGAGAUUUGCCUACGGCGCUGUAUUAUUCAGCUCUCAAAAGAAAAAACAAUGGAAUUACAGGAAGACAAAUGUGAGAUACCUCAGGAAAACAAUAUGAAACCACAGUCGAAAGAAAAUCUAAAGAGAAAACAACUGCCAUCAAGGUUACCUUCAUACAAGUGCAAAUACUGCCCUGCAGUUUUUUUUCAUCCCUCUGGACAGUAUAGGCAUCAUAAGAAGCAUGAACAAUUCAAACUUACUGGAAAGAUCAUUAAGUAUAGAAAUUCAAUGUCCUACACAAUGUCUAAACCAGAGGCUCCGAGUGAUGCACCGGCUGAUGAGGGUGCAGGUCAAUCCCAAACAACAGUAGAAAGCACAAGUCCAGUGAGUUGUCGCUUUUGUGAAAAAGACUUCAGUUCACUAAAAUUGCUGAAGCAACACCAACGUUGUCAUCGUGGUGAAAGACCGUACCGCUGUCUUGAGUGUCGCAAGCAAUUUAAGCAACGAGCCCAUCUGAUUGGUCACAAAAAAAUUCAUCAAAAGAGGAUACAGUGCACUGUUUGCAGAAAAAUCCUACCAACUAUUGGAGAACUGAUCCAGCACAGACAGGAGCAUCUUAAAAGAGGGCCACUUAAGUGUCCAGACUGUGAUUUGGAGUUCCAAUAUCCUGCAUUUCUACUUCGACACGUUAAAGCACAUGAAAACAAAGACAAGAAGCCAUGCAAGGCAGAAAAUGAAGCAUCAACAAAGCCAUUGGAAUCCUUGGAAACUGUUGAAAAGCUUGAAGCAAAGCAGGAGCAGUGUUUCUUCUGCGAUGAAAUGUUCAAUGAUGCCCUCACACUAAGAAAGCACUGGCAUAUUCAUAUUUCAAAGUCCUCUUCAAACCAAUGUCCAUAUUGCAACACAAAGAUAAGACAUCGCCACAACUUGAUGCGCCACAUGGUCAGACAUAUAGGAGAAAAGCUCCUCUCCUGCACCUCUUGUGGAAAACGGUUUAACAGAGAAAAAAGUCUCAAACUUCAUGCUCAGACAUGUUUAAAACCCGUUUCAGCACAGUCUGAAAAUGAGACAAAGAAACACUUCAAAUGUUCUUUUUGCCCACGGAGCUUUUUAAAAAAGGACCGCUGGAAAAAUCAUCUUACGGGCCACAAGAGAAACACACUACAUUUCUGUUCGAAUUGUAAGCAAUACUUUGGAGGCAACAAAAUUAGCAGUCAUUUAAAAGAAUGUGGAGAGCAGGCAGAGCGUGGAGAGCAUGCUGAGCGGGCAGAGCGUAAAGAGCGGGCAGAGCGUGGAGAGUAUGCCGAGCGGGCAGAGCGUAGAGAGCGUGGAGAGCAUGCAGAGCGUAGAGAGCGUACUGAACGUGGAGAGCGUGUCGAGCGUGCUGUUGAUAACAAGUUACCCCCUCCCAAUUUGACUGGGUCUUCAGAGGUCUUCCAAAGUGUCCAUCAAAAGGCUACUGUGGCUGAUCCACCCAAGACAUUCCAUUAUACCUGUCCUUACUGUGAACAGAAAUACAGGUUUAAAUCGAUAUUCUUGAGACAUCUAGUAGCACAUACUGGAGUACAGCCCUAUCCGUGUAUGUACUGCCCCGAGAGGUUUAGAUCUCGGACCCUGUGCUUACAACACGAGGCUUUCUGCGGUGGUGCCAACAAAGAAGGACUACCAAAACCCAAAGCUGAUGGUGCAACCAAAAUGGACUCCGUAAAAGAGACAUCUCUGAAACCCCAUCCAGACAAUGAAAAUCAAUACAAAUGCAAGUUCUGCACCAAGACUUUCAUGAAAGCAAGAAACUUGAGACGUCACAUUUUGACACAUAAUGAAGUAAAUCCAUACCGUUGCAAAGCUUGUGACAGCUGUUUUUCACGUUACGAUCAUCUGAAAGUGCACCAAGCUUGCUGCAAAGGUAUAAAGACACGACUGGAGAUCAGAAUCCCCAAAAUCAAAUUGGAGGAUAUUGGAAAAGGUUGGCAGGCAAACAUUGAGAAGAGGGAACCCAUCAACCAGAAUUCAUUUGACUGUGAAGUAUGCAUGCGAAGCUUCGCAUGUCAGUCUAAGCUAUCCAGACAUUUCACAAUGUUUCAUGCUGUAAAACCUUUCAAGUGCACUCGCUGUGGCUCUGCUUUCUCUCAUGAAAAAACUUUGAGACAUCACCUGAAAAUGAAGAAAUGCACAAGACCCAAAGAAGGACCAAAUUCUCUUUUUCCAUUGGGAGCAUGUCGUCCAACCUCCAAUGAGAAAGGACAACUUCAUAAAGUAAAAACUCGACUGCUAAUGAGGCUCCAGCCAUUUGCCAACAAAAAGCUAAAAUACGUUUGCAGUUUUUGCCCUCGUGCUUUUAAGAACUCAUGGCAACUACAGAUCCACAUUCGACUACACACAGGAGAAAAGCCAUAUCCCUGCGAGUACUGUGGAGAAAGAUUCAUAAGAAAGGAUUACGUAAAGCGUCAUCAAGUUAAGUGCAGACAAACAUGUCAACAGAAAAAAGCUCUUUGUGACAAAUGUGGAGGAUUUUUCGCACAAAGCAAUCUUACAAAUCACAAAAAAGGUUGCAGGAUAAAGCCAGGUUCACCAGCAGUUUCCCACCAGUCAAAGAGUCAAAGUCCACCAAAGGGAUUUUCCUGUGCAUACUGUAGUUCACGCUUUUUGCUGUUUUCACAGCUGCAGGAGCACUUUCUGAGUACCCACAAGGUGGAAACAAUGAAAGAACAAGUUUCAGCUCCUCCACUGCAACAACUUCUUUCUAAUAUACCAAAUAUUAAGGAAGAGCCCAUUGAUGAGGGUUAUGAAGGAGAACUUAAUAAUGCUUCAAGUUCCCUCUGUAAAGUAGAGCCAGCUCCCACACCUGUCACUGCAAAACAGUGGGUCUGUCAUAAGUGUAAUCUGACUUUUACCAAUAAAGCCGGACUUUCUGGUCAUCAGCGUGUUCAUCGAACAGGACAGCCCUUCAAGUGUAAAAUCUGCUGCAGGGGUUUCUGGAACAAAACCCAACUUCGCAAUCAUUUCAGAAAAUGUAAACCCGUUCCUGUUCAUUUUGCACUAAAAGACUCUAAUCUUGAGAUCAAAAACGAACCCCAAAUGGAAAGUGAUUCAGAAGUUUUGCCAUCCGUGUCUCGUAAGGGUGACUUGGAGGAAAAGUCACCAGAAAGCACCACAGUUGCAAGCAAAGUGAAGAAUGUAUCAUACCAAUGUUCAGAAUGUGAUGAGAGUUUCACUGACGGCUUGAUGCUCAUCAGUCACCUUGAGGACCAUGGAAGACGAGAACAGGAGAUAAAGUUCAAUGCAUGUAUGGAGUGUGGACAAAGGUUUUCCAAUCCAGCACUUUUAGUAAAGCAUAUGAAGUUGCAUGGAAUUAGCAAGAACUACUCAUGCACCAUCUGUUCCCAGACGUUUUUCACCUUGUCUCAUCUUGAAAGACACAAAAGCAGUCAUGAAAUAAAAAAACAGUUUCCUUGCAGACUGUGCAAAUCCAGUUUCUGGACAAGGCCAUUGUUGUGUGAGCAUUACACUAAAGUUCAUGAAGAUGUUGUAUUUAAGUGUCAGUUCUGCAACAAAGCUUAUGCAGUCAAGAAAUCCCUGUCUAGACAUUAUAAAAAGUGGCACACGCAAGAGUUGAGGAACCUUGCAGGUUCAACCCCUAAUAAGGGCCCAAUUGAACAACCAUCUAGCAGUCGAGUAAGCACUACUGGUGAAAGUGAUGAGGAUGACUUAAACGGAAGUGACAGCAACUCUGAUACAGCUCCAUACUUCCCAUGUCAUGUGUGCGGCAAAACCUUCCCAACAUCCGAAAGUCUGGAGGAUCACCAACUUUGUCACCUGGGUGAAAAGCCACAUGAGUGUUCAGAGUGUGGUAAAUGUUUUUUCCAGGCAUCCCAGCUACAGCAGCACCAACGAAUGCACAAGUCUGAAUUUCAGUGUCAGAUUUGCGGCCGGGGCUUUGUCACCCUUUUUGCUAUGCGGAAUCACAAGCAUUCUCACGGCAAGAACCGUCCACACCGUUGCCCUAAGUGUGAGCUUAGUUUCCCUGGACACAUACAGCUGGCAGAGCACAUGUCAACUCAUCGUGAGGAGAGCUUCCCCUGUGACAUUUGUAAUAAGGUGUUUCAAAGCAAGAGUAGUAGGGCUGAGCAUCGGAAAAGCCACUCCAGGUCACGUGACUGUCCCUCGCCUUCAACUUCAGUGGGAGAGUCGUCGCAAUCUAAAAACACAAUUGCUUUCACAACAGUCUAUAAAUACCGCUGUGGUAUUUGUCGCGAGCGUUUCCGAGACCCAGAGGAGCUCUCAGAGCAUGGUUGCAUGAAGGCCGUAGAGCGACACUACCCUUGUACAGAGUGUAACAAGCACUUUCUUCAUGCAUCUCAUCUAAAAAAGCACAGGAAUACCCAUCAUCCAUCACCGCCUCAGAAAGAAUAUACAUGUAAUCAAUGCAACAACAGUUACUCCUCUUCUGAGCACUUCAGUGCCCAUCUCAGAAGCCAUGUAGAAGCUGCGGAUGAAAAUACAACAGAAAAAUCUUCAAACGCUUUCAAGUGUCCAGUUUGCCAUCAGUGGUUUACUGGAGCCACUGAACUUAUUCACCAUUUUUCCACACACCCUGAUGUAAUGUCUGAAACAGAAAAAAUCAGACUUCACCCCACUGAAAGCAAGCAGCGCCAUUUAACACCAACAGCUAAAUACGAAUGCAUGGAGUGUGGCGAGAGCUUUGUAGGGGGGGAUUCCUUCCGGCAUCACCAUUGCACCCAAAAGCAGAUGCCAGCAGCGGAAAAGCUGUUUGUAAAAAAUCCAAGUCAUCAUUCAGAAGAAGAGGAAGAUGAGGAUGAAGAGGAGGAGGAAGUAGAUGUUACAGGAGAGGACCUGUUCAAGUGCUUUGGCUGCACAAUGCAUUUCUCCUCCAAAAGUGCUCUGCUGGAGCAUCAAAACAAACAACAUCCAAAUGGGAAGAAGUUCAGAUGUGAAAAGUGUGGAAAGACCUUUGCCAAGAAAAUUUACCUCCGAAGACAUGAACGUAGACAUCAGAAAAAUGAGACUGUUCACCCCACAGUUGAGCACACUGACGAGGGUUUGAAAUGUUCCCGCUGUAGCACCACUGUAAACACUGUGCAAGAAUUGUCUUCGCACAUGAGACUCCAUGCUGAAAAAGAGGCAGGAACCUUCCGCUGUGACAUGUGCUACAAGUCAUUUAGCCACAAGUUGCUUUUGAAGCAUCACCAAGAGAGUCAUGUUGGCGAGGUUGUGUAUGAAUGCACAGAAUGUGACAAAGCGUUUGCUUUCCCUCAUCUUCUUGAUGAACAUCAAAAGACACAUGGUGGUUCCUCCAAGUAGCCCUUCCGUUUACCAUGUAUGAGUGUCUUGAAACUCCCCUCUGCCUCAGUUUUCCCUGUGAACGUUCACAAAAAUGAAAUCCUUUCUUUUUGUUUCUGCUCAAUCUGAUUUUACAUCUUGACCUGUUUAUUUGUUUGUCAUUGUUCUAAAAUUGGAACAGUUGAGCCACAUAAUUUCUUGAAAGUGUGAAUCAAAACCUUCCACUUGGGAGUGUUCAAGGUUGUGUCUUGAUUAAACCAGAAUUCCUGAGAUCCCACAAACUUUGUUGACUAUGUAUAAAGUAGCUCAUUUUAUUCCUCUGGAUUUUUGUAUGCUAUAACAAUUCCUUUCCAAUGUGUAUAUACAUAUAUAGAAUUCAGUUAGCUUUCUUUCCUUUAAUCAGUGUUUGUAUAUCUUUUUUAGGAUAUUGUGUAAAGUCCAAUGUGCAUUGUAAAGAUUCUCUUGGUGGAGUAUUACUUUCACCUGCUAAAAUGGUAAAUGUUUCACUGAAAUGGUUGAGUCAGUUAAGUAAAGUUACCUUCAAAGUUA